AUGCUGGGAUCAAGUGUAUCUGAUUUGGUGGAGGAGCGAUUUGCAGAUGGGAGGCUUCCGGAACAUAUCGCCAAGUCUGUUGCGAGACAGGCUCUGAUGGGACUUGAAGGAUUGCAUCGUAGGAAGAUCGCACAUGGAGAUUUCCAUAUCCGCAACCUGGCCUUCACUAUACCCCCAAUGGCCAACGUCCCAGAACACGAAUUCAUCGAUAUACUAGGAAAACCAGACAUCGGACUUGUCCGCAGAAAUGACGGUAAAUGUCUCGAGCCUGGUAUACCCGAGUACAUUGUUAGACCUGCGAGUUCACAUACACGAUCAUGGCAAUUGUCGGAUACCAUCAAGAUCGUCGACUUCGGUGAAUCAUUUACACAGAAUAAUGUGCCCAAGACACUCCACACUCCAUUAGUAGUCCGGGCACCUGAAGUGAUAUUCAAAGAUCGGCUGGAUUAUCGUGUGGAUUUGUGGAGUCUGGGCUGCAUGUUAUUCGAGUUAUUUGCGGGUCAACCUCCCUUUGAUAACAUCUUGAUUACUCCCAGAGUCCUCGUUGAGCAAAUGCAAGAGAUAACGAAUGAAGCAUUGCCCCAGAGAUGGGUACCUUUAUGGGAGUCAAUGCGUGGCGACGAUGCCACUGCGGAUAAUGGGCCUAAACUGCAGGAGUGGCUUGAAGAGAUGUACUUUGAUGGUGAGCGAAAAGAGGAAUUGACGAGAGAUGAUAUUAUGAAAUUGGGGAGGAUUAUUCGGAAGUUGUUACGCUUUGAGCCAGCUGCUCGUGCUUCGGUGAAAGAGAUCUUGAAUGAUCCCUGGUUUAGAGAGUAA